ACAACCACUCCUUCAGUGAAGCUCCUCCCACUGCAGUUCAUCAAUAAAUGCUGGAAUAUUCCCAUCAGUCUACAAGUGAAGACGAGCAUCAAAGCAUCAGGAAGAAGUGAAAUCUGCAGAGACAGAGUUUAUUGAAGGACAGAGAGAACAUGAGAGAUCCAGAACCCUGCAGAAUGAAACACACUGAAGAACAAACAGGUCUAAUGGAGAAGAAAAAACAUCAUGUCAAAACUAGAGGAAAAACUCACUCACAGACUGAAAGUAUUUCUUUACUGAAAAGAAGAGACAAGAAAAGGUUCACCUGCACUCAGUGUGGAAAGAGUUUCACAAACAAACACAAUCUCGAGAGACACAUGAGGAUCCACACUGGAGAGAAACCAUUCACAUGUGAUCAGUGUGAGAAGAGUUUCAGACGAUCAUCACACCUUAAGAACCACACGAGGAUCCACACUGGAGAGAAACCAUUUACGUGUAAUCAGUGUGAGAAGAGUUUCACACAGUCAUCAACCCUUAAGAAACACAUGAACAUCCACACUGGAGAGAAACUGCACGAAUGUGACCAAUGUGGAAAAACAUUUUCAUGGGCUUCAGACCUGAAGAAUCACCUGAAAGUUCAUACGAAGGAGAAACCACAUUUAUGUUCUUUCUGUGGAAAGAGUUUUUCACUGCCGCAGAGUUUAAAAGUUCAUCAGAAGAUACACACUGGUGUGAGAGAUCACAUGUGCUUUGAGUGUGAGAAGACUUUUAUUACAGCUGAUAAAUUGAAACGGCACGAGAGGAUCCACACUGGAGAGAAACCUUACAAGUGUUCACACUGUGACAAGAGAUUCAGUCAGUCAGGAGACCUGAAAACACACAAGAGGAUUCACAUUGGAGAGAAACCUUACAAGUGUUCACACUGCGACAAGAGAUUCAGUCAGUCAGGAGACCUGAAAACACACGAGAGGAUUCACACUGGAGAGAAACCUUACAAUUGUUCACACUGCGACAAGAGAUUCAGUAUGUCUGAAAACCUGAAAACACACGAGAGGAUCCACACUGGAGAGAAACCGUAUCACUGCACUGUAUGCGGGAAGAGUUUCAGACAUUCGUCUUCUCUACAGAGUCAUACAAUAAACUAUCACAUUAAGUAGUUUAGCUUCAGGUCCAGAGUUUUCAAGCGCUACACAGCAUCUCUUCCAUAUUAAUCUGUCAUAAGAAACAUCAUCUAAAUUAGUCACAGUGAAUAAAGUUCAUCUUCAAGACCAGCAGUUUCUGUGAGAUUCAGAUCAACUCAAAGAUGUAUUUCCUUCCCAAAGAACAAUAUCUAAAGUUUUAUUCUUGUAUACAACUUUGCUUUAUGAUAUAAAUUAUAUCAUUAUGCUUUAUUAUGAGUUUCAUUUUAUGUUCAGAAUGUUCUUCUAAUGCAUAGUUUGUUCAAGGUUUUUACAGCAUCAAAACGUUCUUGUGCAUGAA